AUGGACCGCACCACCUGGCUCGAUGGCCUCCGCGGCAUCGCCGCCGCCAUUGUUGCAACAGACCACUACUUCAUGGGCGGCGUCCUAGACAAUGCCUUCCUCUCGUUUUGGGCCGAUCCCCCCGAGGAAAAUCGGCGACUGAUCCAGCUGCCCCCGAUUCGGCUACUCUUCGCCGCACAUGCCAUGGUCCCGUUGUUCCUGGUGAUCUCGGGGUAUGCAAUCUCGAUCAACCUCCUCCGCCUGCGCCAAAGCAACGACGGCGAGUUUGUGCGCCGAUUAGCCUCCGCCGUCACUCGCCGAGUCUUCCGCAUCUACCUGCCCGUCUUUGUCAUUACCGUCAUUUCGCAGGUGCUUUUCUUCUGUAAUCUCUACCAGUGGAAUUUUGGCGACGACGCGCUCUGGGGCCGACGACCAUGGACUACCCCAUGGCGUCACGUCACCUUUGUCUUUCGUUACAUGAUUGACAACUUGAAUAUUAUCAGCUUCCAAGGCAAUCCGGGUCUGAACGGCCAGCUCUGGACCAUGCCCUUGGAAUUCCGUGGCUCCUGCAUCACCUAUCUCACUAUCCUGGGGCUGGCCUUCUGGCGGCCGCAGCUCCGCCGCCUUGCCCUGGCGUGUCUGACAGUCUACUGGUUCUACUUUGGACUCUGGGACAUCUUCGGCUUCAUGGCCGGUCUCUAUAUGGCCGAAAUGCGGAUUCUAUCAGGCGCAACCUCCAUUGAUGAAGAACCCAAAUUGCCCUUCCAUACCUUGACCACGAUUUGGGCCUCGAAAAUGAAGUCGCCCCGUGUAGUGACUCUCCGAAACGCCAUCUGUUUUAUUUUCGGGACCUAUCUUGUGUGUCUGAGUGACGAUGGCCAUCUCCCGCCGGGCUACCAAUUUCUUGAGGCGGUCGAAUCAUCGCGCUGGGACGGCGAUUGGGCGGUGAUGAGCAAAUGCUGGAAGACUGUCGGCUCGGUGCUCGUCGUCUUCGCUAUCAGCCAGUCGCCCAGCCUGCAACGCCCCUUGAACGUGCGUCCAAUUCAGUAUCUGGGUAAAAUCUCCUUCUCGCUCUACCUCGUGCACCAGUCUGUUUACCACCUGGUCCGAGAUCCUAUCCGGAACUUCCUAUGGUUCGUAGCCACGCGAGAUGGGUAUCCGGGCACACAAGCCGCAAGUGAGUAUACGGGGCCUUUUGCCUUUUCGUGGUUGACUGGUUUCGUAAUUCUGUCUGUCAUCAAUCUGUAUGUAGCGGGUCUAUAUACUAGAUUCGUUGACGAGCGGUGUGUCGAUGUGGCGCGGAAGAUCGACCGGUGGCUUACUCACUAG